AAAUGUUGCACAAGUGAAAGAGAAAGUACUCUGAGGUUUUUAUGCAGCAGACGGGGAACGAGUGAGUCGAUGAUAAACAGAGGAAGCUGCUCACCAAGAAUCUGUGGCGACGUCUUCAAAGAGUGGAUUUUCAACACACAAAAAAGAAAAGAAACGGAAGUCUAGUGUGCAGCUGACAACGGUGUGGAAGUGGACCGAUAAAGACGUCCAAAAGGAGUCAAGAUGAACUUGUUGGACGAUUAUCGACAGUUUGUCAACUGUGACCUUUGCCCUCCAGCUGAUAUAAACUACCACGGCCUGUUCAACCAAGGAUCCACGUGUUACUUGAACAGUGUGCUGCAGGUGCUGUUCAUGACCGGAGACUUCAGAGAGGCUGUGGAAAGGUACACCUGUAGGAACCCUGGCAGUGAGUUUAUAGAUCAUCAACUCAAACCCUUGUUUGAGGACUUGAAGAAAAAAACAGCAAACACCAGUAAAAUCACGGACAAGCUGGGCAUCGGCAGUGUGUAUGAGCAGCGCGAUGCAGCUGAGUUCUGUGAGAGGAUUUUGACUCUGACCAGUCCCGGGGCAUCACAGAUCUUCCACGGCGAGAUGACGCACAAGACGACGUGUUCCAGAUGUCGCACAGAGAUGAACGCAGAUGGGCCGUUUUGGCAUCUUCCUCUUGAACUGGUGGGAUCAUACCAUGAACACUACAGUGUGGUGGACGGCAUCGAGGAGCAUUUCCGAACCUCGUACUUCAGGGGAGAAAACCAGAUGUACUGUGACCAGUGUGACACCAAAUCGGACGCCGCUAUUACAUGUGUGAUGAGGCGUCCCCCGGAGGUUUUGAUGUUGCUGCUGAAGAGGUUCGAGUUUGACUACCGCCACAUGACUUAUGUCAAAAACGACCGCGUUGUGGUUGUUCCCUGCGCACUACAGAUCCCAGAGAAUCAGACUUAUGAGCUGUACGCGGUUGUGGAGCACUUUGGUGAUCUAAGAGGUGGACAUUACACCGCAACCAUUAAGUCCCAGGAUGACCAGCGGUGGUACAACUUCAACGAUGCCACUGUCACAUUGCUUGAUAACCAGCCGUUCCAGACUGAUAUUCCAGAGAAAUCCCAGAGUGUUUAUCUCCUUUUUUACAGGAAAAGGAAAAAUGCCUGGGAGGCGUUCACCACGCCUGCUCACGGAGACGAUGCCUUCGAUGUAAGACAAAGCCUGCCACAUCAGGAACGUGAACAGGAAAGACGUGACGCGCGUGGUUAUCUUCAGGACAGUUACGCCCCCAAAUGUGAGAGAGAUGAGAUGAGCAGAGUAGAGGAUGAGGACAAUGACCAUGGAAGAGCAGAUAAAAAGAAAGUCAGCCACAUGCACGUGAGACACAAUUAUCCUCAAAUUUGUGUGGAAAUGCGAAGCAAUAAUGAAAGAACGGAUAUGGAUGUAACUAUAGACAAGAGUAGAAUGACUGAAGAUGAGGAACUGCCAGAAAAGAAGAGAAAAACCGUGGCAGAAAAUCUCAACAGGCAUGUAAAGCAUCCAAGCAGCAAAGGAUUAGACAUUGUUCGACACAUGGAUCAUGAUGAGGGAGGUAGACAGGGUGUGGGACGAUAUGAUGGCCUUCAACACGUUACUGCAGACAAGAGGGGAGAUGAUGAGAUGAUGGAAAAACAUGACGAGGACCGGCACACUGGUAUCAGAGAACAAAACUUGACGGAAUAUGAUUUGGGGCGUAAACAGGGAGGCAGCAGCAGCUUGCAUAAAAGACACGAGCAACACCAAGAGGAGCGGAGGAAUGUCAAGAGAGCUAAGGUACAAAAGACAGGAGAUUAUGAAACUGCACAAAGAAAAGGAUCAUCCACAACCAGGCCUUACUUUAGUGAAGAUUUGGAGGAUCGGGAUGAGAGAAGAUUAGAUUCAUUCAGGCAGAACAGACCAGAGCAGAAAAUCAGUGCUAGUGAGGAGAAUCCUGCAAGAAAGAGGAAAAAUACCGGAGAUGCUCAACAUAGUCAAAUCAGAAAGGGCUCCUCUCCCAGACAAGAGAUGCAGUCUGAAUAUAGAAGUGGAUACGAAAAAGUUAGGAAAAGCCAAAGAAGAAUGGAGACGAUGGGAAAUGUAAAGAAAAUCUCACAGGACACAGCAAAGGAUCUGGAAAAGAAUAGAGGGAACACUGAAAGGGAACUAGAUCCAAAACCAGACGGAGUUGUCCCUCUGGCGAGGGAAGACAGAGAACUUGCAAAGAAAAAGAGGCCUGAACAGAAAAGAAGAUGGUGGUCUGUCCUUUUCCCACGGAGGAAACACAGUGGGAAUGUGAAGACUACUGGGUGUUUUCCCUUCCCAAGAAAAAAGGGAAAAAUUCAGAAAAGAAUUCUGGAGUAGAAUAAGAUGAAGUACAGACUUUCUCCAGGAUAACACAGUUUUGUUUUUGUUUUGCAUAACAAAAAAUGCAUGUCAAUGUAGUUAUUAUACUUUUAUAAUUUUAAAUUGAUGCUUAUUGAUUAUUAGCAUCAUUAGACAUCAAUUCAUUAUCAGGCACUAGGGUUAGGGGUAAGGAUAAUGCUUUCGAGCAAUGCUGUUUGAGUGUUGCUGGCACUCUUCAAAUCACCUUUGCUUGUUUAUGUAAAUGUAAAAUGCUUCAUGCUUUUCUGUGUAAAUAGCGGUAAAAGGUUUAACGAGCGAGAGAGGAUUGUUUCACAUCAAAGUGCUGAUUUAUUACAUCAGUUUGGAAUAAAAGUGAAACGCCAUCACAUUAAUAUUCAUUUAUUUGGAAUUACUGUUUUUUUGUUGUUUUUUUACCUUUGUUUUUGUCUGCCCCUUUUGUGUGGUCGUUUGCUAUCUGUUUUUUGUUCAGGUAAAAGAAAUGAGCUGUAUUAUUAUUAUUAUAGUUGACCUCAAUAUUGCAAUAUUAAAGAUUACAAAUACAUGGAUGCCACAAGAUGUAAAAGUGGAUUUUUGUGUGAAUGAAUUUUAAAUAAAUAAAUGAAUACUCACA